UUGCUUAUAUAUUUACCAAUACGCCGCCGGUCCCCCGAUGUCUAGUUAAGCAAAUUUGAUUUGUCUUUUACAAUCCCGUGUAUAUAGUUCUAUACUACUAUCAGCGUUUUUCAUUCCUUUAACCCGUCAACAGCCAGUUUUCAGUUCUUUGCUCAUCAACAACCCCACAAUGGAGGAGAACAGAUUGAAGCCAAUGGAUGCAGAGCAGCUCAGAGAGUAUGGUCACAAGAUGGUUGAUUUCAUUGCUGAUUAUUACAAAACCAUUGAGAAUUUCCCUGUUCUAAGCCAAGUUCAGCCUGGAUAUCUUCGGAACUUGUUACCGGAUUCUGCACCUAAUCAACCGGAUUCGUUUCAGCUUGUUCUUGAUGACAUUCAGGCAAAGAUAUUGCCAGGUGUUACUCAUUGGCAGAGCCCAAAUUAUUUUGCAUACUAUCCUUCCAAUAGCAGCGUUGCUGGAUUUUUGGGAGAAAUGCUUAGUGCUGGUCUCAAUAUUGUUGGUUUCAGUUGGAUUACAUCUCCUGCUGCAACAGAGCUCGAAAUGAUUGUUUUGGAUUGGCUUGCUAAGAUGCUUAAGCUACCCGAAGAUUUCCUUUCUGCAGGACAAGGCGGCGGAGUGAUUCAGGGCACGGCAAGUGAAGCUGUUCUAGUUGUAUUAUUGGCUGCCCGUGACAAUGUUUUGAGGAGGGUUGGAAAAAAUGCACUUGAAAAGCUUGUAGUUUAUGCAUCCGAUCAAACACAUUCUUCCAUGCAAAAAGCCUGUCAGAUAGCAGGAAUCCAUCCUGAGAAUUGUAGGCUGCUAAAGGCAAACUCCUCUACCAACUAUGCACUUUCACCAGAGUUGCUGAGUGAAACAAUUUCACAUGACCUUACCAUUGGCUUGAUUCCGUUCUUUUUAUGUGCCACUGUUGGCACAACUUCUUCAACUGCAGUUGAUCCUUUGCUUUCACUAGGAAAGAUUGCUAAGAGUUAUGAAAUGUGGUUCCAUGUUGAUGCUGCAUAUGCUGGAAGUGCUUGUGUAUGCCCGGAAUUCCGUCAUUACAUGGACGGCGUUGAAGAGGCUGAUUCUUUCAACAUGAAUGCACAUAAGUGGUUUCUAACUAAUUUUGAUUGUUCAGCACUUUGGGUGAAGGAUAGAUGUGCUUUGGUUCAGGCCCUCUCUACAAAUCCAGAGUAUCUGAAGAAUAAGGCCUCACAAGCAAACAUGGUUGUAGAUUACAAAGAUUGGCAAGUUCCUCUCGGACGUCGGUUUAGAUCACUGAAACUAUGGAUGGUAUUACGAUUGUAUGGCUUGGAAAACCUGCAGUGCUAUAUAAGAAAUCAUAUCGAGUUGGCCAAACAUUUUGAGAACCUGGUUGUUCAAGAUCCAAGAUUUGAGGUUGUCACCCCUCGGAUAUUUUCAUUAGUUUGUUUCCGCCUUCUGCCUCCUAAUGAUGAAGAUGAUGGCAACAAAUUGAACCAUGACCUUUUAGAUGCCAUAAACUCAACAGGGAAUGUUUUCAUAUCGCACACGGUUUUAUCAGGCAAAUAUGUGCUAAGGUUCGCGGUCGGUGCUCCUUUGACAGAAGAGAAGCAUGUGAAUGCAGCAUGGAAAGUUUUGCAAAAUAAGGCCACUUCCAUACUAGGGGAAUCCUUCUGCUAAUGUUUCUUUUUUUUUUAGUGUUCAAUUAUUGAUGAUAUCGUCUUAAAAAGGUUGUUAAUUGCAAUGCUGUCAUGGGCAACCUCA